UACAGAACAAUCAAUGACACCAAUUGACUGACAAAAAGUAGAAGAAGACCUCGACUACUCCAUCUUCAAAUAAAUUCAUUACUCAUUGGAAAUCAUAACAUGCUACAACUUAACCUUUACCAGAUAUUCAAGCUAAUAGACAUGGCCUCAUCCUUAACCAAUUCCAUUUUUCUAGGGGUGGUGUGGAGUACCAUCCUUCUUUCCUUUGCUACAACCCUGUUAGCAGCAGUAUCUUCACUGGAAUCAGAAGCUGUGGCUUUGCUAGAGAGUGGCUGGUGGAGUAGCUAUAGCAACAAUAUUUCUCAACGUUGCAAGUGGCACGGUAUUUCAUGCAACAAUGCAGGAAGCAUCACCAAAAUUAACCCAUCUGCUGCCUUGAUUCCGGUUGGUGAUAGAUUUGGAAAAUUGAAUUUCUCUUCGUUUCCAAAUCUUGUCCUUCUUGAUCUUAGCAAUCGUAGAAUUGGUGGAAAUAUCCCGCCUCAGAUAGGUGAUCUAUCCUCAUUGAAGCACUUGGACUUGUCCCAUUGUGAGUUAUCUGGUGAGUUACCUUCUUCCCUGGGAAACCUAACCCAACUAGAGUUUCUUGACAUUUCCUAUAAUUAUAACAUUAAUGGUUCCAUCCCAACACAAACAGGGAAUUUGAAAAACCUUGUUAGUUUAAAUUUGAGUUGGGAUCUGUUUGCUGGUUCAAUCCCUUCUUCUAUUGGUAAUUUAUCAAAAUUGCUAUAUCUGUCCCUUCCUACAAAUCUUCUAGAAGGUCCUAUACCAAAAGAAAUUGGGAAUUUAAAUGCACUAACUCAAUUAUCCCUCUCUAGAAACAAAUUGAGUGGUUCAAUCCCUUCUUCUAUUGGUAAUUUAUCAAAAUUGCAAUAUCUGUCCCUUCAUUCAAAUCUUCUAGAAGGUCCUAUACCAAAAGAAAUUGGGAAUUUAAAUGCACUAACUCAAUUAUCCCUCUCUGGAAACAAAUUGAGUGGUUCAAUCCCUUCUUCUAUUGGUAAUUUAUCAAAAUUCAGUCCUAUACCAAAAGAAAUUGGGAAUUUAAAUGCACUAACUCAAUUAUCCCUCUCUGGAAACAAAUUGAGUGGUUCAAUCCCUUCUUCUAUUGGUAAUUUAUCAAAAUUGCUAUGUCUGUCCCUUCCUUCAAAUCUUCUAGCAGGUCCUAUACCAAAAGAAAUUGGGAAUUUAAAUGCACUAACUCAAUUAUCCCUCUCUGGAAACAAAUUGAGUGGUUCAAUCCUUUCUUCUAUUGGUAAUUUAUCAAAAUUGCAAGAUUUGUCCCUUGAUUCAAAUCUUCUAGAAGGUCCUAUACCAAAAGAAAUUGGGAAUUUAAAUGCACUAACUCAAUUAUCCCUCUCUGGAAACAAAUUGAGUGGUUCAAUCCCUUCUUCUAUUGGUAAUUUAUCAAAAUUGCAAGAUUUGUCCCUUGAUUCAAAUCUUCUAGAAGGUCCUAUACCAAAAGAAAUUGGGAAUUUAAAUGCACUAACUCAAUUAUCCCUCUCUGGAAACAAAUUGAGUGGUUCAAUCCCUUCUUCUAUUGGUAAUUUAUCAAAAUUGCUAUAUCUGUCCCUUGGUUCAAAUCUUCUAGAAGGUCCUAUACCAAAAGAAAUUGGGAAUUUAGAAGCAGUAAUAGAAUUAGACCUCUCUGAAAACAAAUUGAGUGGUUCAAUCCCUUCUUCUAUUGGUAAUUUAUCAAAAUUGCUAUAUCUGUUCCUUCCUUCAAAUCUUCUAGAAGGUCCUAUACCAAAAGAAAUUGGGAAUUUAAAUGCACUAACUCAAUUAUCCCUCUCUGGAAACAAAUUGAGUGGUUCAAUCCCUUCUUCUAUUGGUAAUUUAUCAAAAUUGCUAAAUCUGUCCCUCUCUGGAAACAAAUUGAGUGGUUCAAUCCCUUCUUCUAUUGGUAAUUUAUCAAAAUUGCUAAAUCUGUCCCUCUCUGGACACAAAUUGAGUGGUUCAAUCCCUUCUUCGAUUGGUAAUUUAUCAAAAUUGCUAUAUCUGUCCCUUGGUUCAAAUCUUUUAGAAGGUCUUAUACCAAAAGAAAUUGGGAAUUUAGAAGCGGUAACAGAAUUAGACCUCUGUGAAAACAAAUUGAGUGGUUCCAUCCCUCGUCAGAUCGGCAAGCUUUCAAAUCUACGAUAUUUAAAUCUCACCUACAACAAUCUCUCAGGUGAAAUUCCUGCCUUGGCGGCCACUGAUCUCAAAAUUGUUGAUACCAAUAAUGGUUGUAAGACUAUCUAUCCCUAUCCAUUUGAAGGCAACAAGGAUUUAUCACCUUACCCCUGUGAUUCACCAACCAUUCAAACCAAGAGCAGUAGAACUCCUUACUUCACGAAAAUAUUCCUCCCGAUUGCCAUAUUCUCUACUUUUUCUAUUCUAGGGAGUUUGUUUUUAUGGCAGUUCAAGGCCAAAAAGAACCAAUCUGGUUCACAAACAACAAAAAAUGGGGAUUUGUGCUCAAUAUGGAACUAUGAUGGAAAGAUAGCAUAUGAAGACAUUAUUGCAGCAACAGAAGAUUUUGAUAUUCGAUACUGCAUUGGAACUGGUUAUGGAAGUGUUUACAAAGCACAACUACCAUGUGGUAAAAUAGUUGAUUUGAAAAAACUUCAUCGCCUUGAAGCUGAGGAUCCGGGUUUUGACAAGAGUUUUAGGAAUGAGGUAAAAAUUUUGUCCGAAAUUCGACAUCGAAAUAUAGUGAAGCUUUAUGGAUAUUGUCUACACCGACGUUGCAUGUUCCUGAUAUAUGAAUACAUGGAAAGAGGAAGCUUGUUCUACGUCCUAAGUAAUGAUGAUGAAGCUGUGGAGUUGAAUUGGAUAAAAAGAGUUGAGAUCAUCAAAUCCGUUGCUCAUGCCUUGUCUUACUUGCAUCAUGAUUGCACCCCCCCAAUUGUUCAUCGAGACAUUUCAAGUAACAAUAUCCUGCUAAACUCAAACUUGGAGGCUUUUGUGGCUGAUUUUGGAACCGCUAGAAUGCUACAUCUUGAUUCCUCUAAUCUGACUGUUCUUGCCGGUUCAUAUGGCUAUGUAGCCCCAGAAUUGGCCUACACAAUGGUUGUGACCGAAAAAUGUGACGUCUAUAGCUUCGGCGUUUUGGCAUUAGAAACGUUAAUGGGAAAGCAUCCUGGAGAACUUUUGUCAUCAUUGUCAUCGCCAUCUUCUUUGCAAAAUAUCAAGCUAAUUGAUGUGUUAGACAGACACCAACGUCUAUAACCUUCAACGAAUCCAGUGGUUGCACAAAACAUCGUUCUUGCAGCUAGACUAGCAUUUGCAUGCUUGAGCCGUGAACCAAAGUCCCAUCCAACAAUGAAACAAGUUUCUCAAGAAUUCCUUUCUCCCCAAAGAUCAUUACGCCAACUUCUCUGGACAAUCUCCUUGUUCCAGCUUGGUGUACUAUGA